AUGGCCGAGCCGCCGGCAGCGGCACCGGGCUCUGAGGGUGAGGAGGGCCCGGUGCGUUUUGCUCGGAAGGGAGCCCUGCGGCAGAAGAACGUCCACGAGGUGAAGAACCACAAGUUCACGGCGAGGUUCUUCAAGCAGCCGACCUUCUGCAGCCAUUGCACCGACUUCAUCUGGGGCUUCGGCAAGCAGGGUUUCCAGUGUCAAGUUUGCUGCUUCGUGGUGCACAAGAGGUGCCAUGAGUUCGUUACCUUCUCCUGCCCUGGUGCUGAUAAAGGUCCUGCCUCUGAUGAUCCCCGGAGCAAACACAAAUUUAAAAUCCACACCUACUCCAGCCCCACCUUCUGUGACCACUGCGGCUCCUUGCUCUAUGGCCUCAUUCACCAGGGCAUGAAAUGUGACACCUGCAUGAUGAACGUGCACAAGCGCUGCGUGAUGAACGUGCCCAGCCUGUGCGGGACGGACCACACGGAGCGCCGGGGCCGCAUCUACAUCCGCGCUGACAUCGAGAAGGACGUCCUGACCGUCGUGGUGAGGGAUGCUAAAAACCUUGUCCCUAUGGAUCCCAACGGCUUGUCAGACCCCUACGUGAAGCUCAAGCUCAUCCCUGACCCCAAGAAUGAAAGCAAACAGAAGACCAAGACCAUCAAGUGCUCCCUGAAUCCUGAGUGGAAUGAGACCUUUAAAUUCCAACUGAAAGAGGCAGACAAAGACAGGAGGUUGUCUGUGGAGAUCUGGGACUGGGAUCUGACCAGCAGGAAUGAUUUCAUGGGCUCCUUGUCCUUUGGCAUCUCUGAGCUGCAGAAGUCAGGAGUUGAUGGAUGGUUUAAGCUGCUGAGCCAGGAGGAGGGGGAGUAUUUCAAUGUCCCAGUGCCUCCUGAGGGAGAAGAAGGAAAUGAGGAGCUGAGGCAGAAAUUUGAGAGGGCCAAGAUUGGAGCAGGGUCCAAGGCUGCAGAUGAGAAGACCACAAAUGCCAUCUCCAAGUUUGACAACAACGGCAGCAGAGAUCGGAUGAAGCUUUCGGAUUUCAACUUCCUGAUGGUGCUGGGCAAAGGCAGCUUUGGGAAGGUGAUGCUGGCUGAGAGGAAGGGCACAGAUGAGCUGUAUGCUGUGAAGAUCCUGAAGAAGGAUGUUGUCAUCCAGGAUGAUGAUGUGGAGUGCACCAUGGUGGAGAAACGUGUCCUGGCUCUCUCUGGGAAGCCUCCCUUCCUGACCCAGCUCCACUCCUGCUUUCAGACCAUGGACCGCCUGUACUUCGUGAUGGAAUACGUCAAUGGUGGGGACCUGAUGUACCAGAUCCAGCAGGUCGGCAGGUUCAAGGAGCCCCACGCUGUAUUCUAUGCAGCAGAAAUUGCCAUUGGCCUCUUCUUCCUGCAGAGCAAAGGCAUCAUUUAUCGAGACCUGAAGCUGGACAAUGUGAUGCUGGAUAGUGAGGGGCACAUCAAGAUUGCUGACUUUGGCAUGUGCAAGGAGAACAUCUGGGACGGGGUGACCACCAAGACCUUCUGUGGCACCCCAGACUACAUUGCACCCGAGAUCAUUGCUUAUCAGCCCUAUGGGAAGUCUGUGGACUGGUGGGCAUUUGGAGUCCUGCUCUAUGAGAUGUUGGCUGGCCAGGCUCCCUUUGAGGGAGAAGAUGAAGAUGAGCUCUUCCAGUCUAUCAUGGAGCACAACGUAGCCUACCCCAAGUCCAUGUCCAAGGAGGCAGUGGCAAUCUGCAAAGGGCUGAUGACCAAGCACCCUGCGAAGCGGCUGGGCUGCGGCCCCGAGGGGGAGCGCGACAUCAAGGAGCACGCCUUCUUCCGCUACAUCGACUGGGACAAGCUGGAGCGCAAGGAGAUCCAGCCCCCCUUCAAGCCCAAGGCUUGUGGCCGCAAUGCUGAGAACUUCGACCGGUUUUUCACUCGCCAUCCACCCGUGCUCACACCUCCUGACCAGGAAGUCAUCAGCAACAUUGACCAGUCAGAAUUCGAAGGAUUUACCUUUGUUAACUCUGAUUUUUUUAAAGCUGAAGCCAAGAGCUAA